AUGGUGACAUACUGGCGACAGGCUGGACUCAGCUACAUUCGCUACUCCCCGAUCUGUGCAAAGGCAGUGAAGAUUGCCCUGAAGAUGGAAUUCAGAGCAAGUGCAGAGAAGACUGCUGGCAGCAGCAUCAAAAUUGCGAAAGUGAAAAAAGAAAACCAGCCCCAACUAGAGCUGGAAAUGCUACAUUUUCACCCUGAAGAUGUGUGA